AUGAGCUUGUCUCUUAUUCAAGGUUAUUCUUCUGCCGAAGACGAACAAGACCUCGAACCUUCCGACGACGAUGCACCCGCAACCCCCGCCGCUGGGGGCCACCCUUCUCUCGGCGACAGAUCUAUCUUCGACCACCUUCCCAACCCUCCUUCUGCCUCGGAUCUUCCUUCUGCGUUCGACGCUUUCUCUGAAGUAACCAACUUUCGCUCCCUCUCAUCGCUUUUCAAUUCUCGAAUUUGCCCCUCCGUUGUUGAAUCUGUUGUUGUUGUCUCCGUAACGGAGAUUGCAGGACCACCCCAGUUUCUGAACAACAGCGUGGAAGAGUAUAACAGCAACCCUUCGAGAGACGGUGAUGAGCAACAAGGGAGGCAUGGCAAUAGGAGGCGCCGCAAGGACAAGAAAGAUUUACCGGCAGGUGCGGUGGUAGAGGCAAAACCUCAACUAAUUGGGAUUCAUGAGCGUGUAAGAAGUGACAUCGAUGGUAGCCAACCACCAACAUCAGCUACCUCAGGCACAUCAGAAGGAGGCAAGCGGGUGCCAACUGCAACAAAUCCUAAUGCUGAAGAUGCUGCAGAACUUUUAAGAAUGUGCUUGCAGUGUGGGAUUCCCAAGACCUACUCCAGUGCUCGUGGAAUGGUGUGCCCUGUAUGUGGUGAUCGCCCUCCAAAUGAUACCAGCACAGAGUCCAAGAAGAAAGGAUCAACAGUCAAAGAUAAGGAAAAGUCUAAAAGAAUGAAGGGCCAAUCAUCUCAUGCAACCUGGAAAAGUGAGACAGAGAUGCAACUUAGGCAACAGUUUGAUUAG